AUGGCGAUACUCUCUGACUUCGAGGAGGACGACCACAGGAAGCCGUUGUCGUCGUCUUCAUCGGCGGCGGCGAGGAAGCCGUUCAACGCCGCCCUCGAUCCGUCGGAUCCGCUGGGGUUUCUGGAGAAGGUCUUCGAGUUCGUGGCCAGGGAGAGCGAUCUGUUCAAGAGCGACUCCCUGGUUAAGGAUGUGAGUGCGGUGGUGAGGAUGGUGAAAGAUAAGGUGGAGGCGGAGGAGAAGAGGAGGAAAGAAGCGAAAGCAGAGGCGGCGGUCAAGAAGGCGGCGGCUGUGAAGGUGGCUGCGGCGCCACCUGCGCCGGCAGUGAAAAAGGAGGAGACCGUGAAGGAAGUGGUUGAGGAGAAGAAGGAAAGCGAGAGUAAAGCGGAAGUGGACGAGAAGGGACGUCGAGCUCCAAACAAGAUGAAUGGCCUUGACCUAGAGACACACUCUUGGGGUCAGUCAUUGCAAGAGGUUAACGUUACUGUUCCCGUGCCUCCUGGAACAAAGUCGAGAUCCAUUGCAUGUGAGAUUAAGAAAAAUCAUCUCAAAAUUGGGCUCAAAGGCCAGCCUCCGAUUAUUGAUGGGGAGCUUUGCCAUCCCGUCAAGGUUGAUGACUGCUUUUGGAGUUUGGAGGACCAGAAAUCCAUAUCCAUUCUCCUGACUAAACAAAACCAGAUGGAAUGGUGGAAAAGCUUGGUGAAGGGUGAGCCAGAGGUUGACACUCAAAAAGUUGAACCGGAAAACAGCAAAUUGGCCGACUUAGACCCCGAGACCCGUUCGACUGUUGAGAAGAUGAUGUUUGAUCAAAGGCAGAAAAAGAUGGGACGCCCUACAAGUGACGAGAUGCAGAAACAGGAAAUAUUGAAGAAGUUCAUGGCAGAGCAUCCGGAGAUGGAUUUUUCGAGGACCAAGAUGUGCUAA